AUGGCCAACGAAAGCGACGUCAACGGGUCAUCGUACUCGAACGACUUCAAAGGUUCCUCAUCGUCUGACAUUAUCCACCCCGCCACACCUGCCCACCACCACCACCAUGGCAACCUUCUCGACGCAGUCGUCCCUGGCGCUGUCGCCGACGAGACCCCUGCCACCCAGGGCCGCGGUAAGGGCAAAAUGCACCUCUCCAAGGACUUUAUCGAGCAAGCCGACGCCGAGCUGCUCGCGACACUCGGAUACAAGCAGGAGUUCAAGCGAGAGUUCUCGUCGCUCGAAGUGUUCGGUAUCGCUUUUUCCAUCAUGGGCGUGGCACCUUCAAUCGCCUCGACGCUGCUCUACGCGCUCCCCAGCGGUGGGCCCAUCAGCAUGGUUUGGGGCUGGCUCGUCGGCUGCUUCUUCAUCACCUUCACCGGCUUGGCGCUCGGCGAUCUGGCCAGCUCCAUGCCCACCUCGGGUGGCCUCUACUUCUGGACCUACCAGCUGUCGAGCAAAAGGUACCGCCGCUUUCUGUCCUGGACCGUCGGGUACGCCAACACGCUCUCCACCACCGCCGCGGUGGCGAGCAUCGACUGGUCCGUGGCCAUCAUGAUCCUCGCUGCCGUGUCGGUGGGGACAGACGGGAGGUACGCGCCGACAGACGCGCAAACGUACGCUGUGUAUCUGGGCGUAUUGCUGUUGCACGCCAUGUUGACCUCGAUUGGUACACGCGCGCUUGCGAGGUGCCAGACGCUCGCCACCGUGCUCUGUGCUGGCCUGGCCAUUGCGAUCUGCAUCGCGCUCGGCACGGCGACGCCCUCCGAGUACCGCAACACGGCCUCGUAUGCUUUUACCGGCUGGUACAACGAAAGCGGCUGGAGCAGCGUCGGUGCGUUCUUCCUUGCGUUUAUGACGCCGGCCUGGACCGUCGCGUCGUACGACUCGUGUGUGCACAUCUCGGAAGAAGCCUCGAACGCCGCCAAGGCCGUGCCCAUGGGCAUCUUCUUCAGCAUCGUCUCGUCCGGCCUCUUGGGUUUGGGCAUCAUGAUCGCAAUCACCUUCAACAUGGGCACCAACCUCGAGCCGAUCAUCAACUCGGACUACGGCCAGCCCAUGGCCACCAUCCUGCUCAACGCGUGCGGCAAGAAAGGGUUUAUGGCCAUCUGGGUGUUUAUGAUCAUUGUCAACUUUAUGAUGGGUGCGAGUAUGAACCUGGCGUCGUCGCGACAGAUCUUUGCCUUCAGUCGUGACGGUGCGCUGCCGUUCAGUGGCUGGGUGUACCGCAUCAACAGCUACACGCUGACGCCCGUCAACAGCGCCUGGUGGUCAGCGGCGGUCUCGGCCGUGUUCUGCCUGCUGGGCCUCAUCAACGCCGUUGCUGUCGGCGCCGUCUUCUCACUCUCCGUCAUCGGCGCCAGUAUCGCGUACACCAUCCCCAUUGUCGCACGCCUCAUGGCGCCCGACUCGCGCUUCAAACCGGGCGUCUGGUACCUCGGCGACUUCUGGUCCAAGCUCGUCGCCUGGGUCGCCGCACUCUGGCUCAUCUUCAUCAGCAUCAUCGUCUGCCUGCCCAGCUACAUCCCCGUGACAGGCGCAAACGACAUGAACUACGCCUGCGUCGUCACCGUCGCCACGUUUGUCUUCAGCAGCGCGUGGUACUACUUCCCGCGCUACGGCGGCGUCCACUGGUUCGAGGGGCCCAAGAGCAACAUUGACGACGACGAGGUGGCCGCGCACGAAGUGGCACACCAGCUGCAACAGCAGGAGGACAUGAAGAAGGCCAAGACCGUCCAGGAGAGCUUGAACCAGACCGUCCAGGUGGAAGACUUCAAAGAGUAG